ACGACGUCUCAACUCACAACCAAGCUUCAAGCAUGGCCUGAAGUCCAGGAAACACGGAUUUACAGCAAGAAUUAUACCCGCCAUGACGAUGGACAGCUCGACUGUCAAGCUCGCGGAGCUGCUCCGGCAUCCGGACGACCUGGACAAGAUCCCCGCCAUGAAGCUGGAGUACACGCGCAAGAAAGCAGCGGUCGAUUCGCAGCUCCGGAGCGGCUUGAAAGAGCAACUCGAAAUUACACAGUCGGGCAUGAACGGGAUCACAGAUGGGCAGCGAACGGUACAGCUCAUCAAGGAGGAAAUGAUGAAGAUUGACAAGUUGUGCGCCGAGGCGCAGAACAUGAUUAGGGAUUUCCCGAAUAUCAAUCUGGUGUCGCAGACGCAUCGGAAUUUCAGCGCCGUUGAGACUAUGAGGAAGAAUCUGGAUAGUUUUAAUGAUCGGGUUGGGCAGGUGGAAGCCAUGCUGAGGGUGGAUGAUGCGGAUCCGGAGAACAUGCCGAAUUUAUUGGCGGUGCAUUAUGAGUUGACGCAGUUGCGGAAUAUAAGGGAUGAUGCUAUGGAGCAGAUUGCGAGGGCAGACGAUUUAAGUGCGCAGAGUACCUUGGAGGAGUACUUCUCGAAGCUGGACAAUGCGGUAGAGUGGUUCGACGAGCAUGUUGGGACUAUUGCGUUGAACUUGAUCAAUGUGCUUAUCAAUGGGAACAAUGGGUUGGUCGUGAGGUUUGCGAUCAUCAUUGAGGCAGAGGAGAAGAGUGAUAAGAGAGUGAAAGCUCUACAGGAGGCGCUGAAGGACCAUAAGGAGAUGGCGGCAAGGUUUCAAAGCAUCACAGAUGGAGCGAAACAGGUUAGAGGGUACAAGGAGAAGUUCUUGCAGUCUAUAGAGGCACAUGCCCAAGAGCAGGUUCUUGAAACCAAACAGGCGUUCUUGGAGGAUCCAUCGAGACUGGAGAAGAGCUUGAAGUGGUUUUUCAAUAAUCUGAAUGCUGUCAAGCAAGGAAUGGUACCUUUGAUGCCGAAGAAGUGGAGAACAUUACAGACUUAUGGCAAGAUAUACCAUAAGUUAAUGCACGACUUCCUUGUUGGUAUGAUCGACGAUCCAGAUACGAGCUCUGCCAACAUGCUCUCUAUUCUCAACUGGCCAGACAAAUACUACUCGAAAAUGGCCAAGCUUGGGUUCAAAGAAGAUCAGCUAGAACCACAGGUACUAGAUGGAAGAGCAGCAGAGCUGGUCCGCGAAUUCCGUCAACUUAUCAUUCGGUUCUUGGAUCAGUGGCUAGAUCGUAUCUUCAAGACAGAACAAAAAGACUUUGCGGAACGAAACACGGCCGAGGGUUCGAAUCUGGACGCCGACGAAUAUGGCUAUUUUCGAACGAAGAACCUGGUGGAUAUGUGGCGAAUGCUAGCAGAGCAAGUCGAUGCAGCAGGCAACUCACAACGAAUGGAUGUUGUCGAAGGUGUCGUAGAUGCAAUGAUCUUACGUCUGAAAUCGCGGCAGCAGAACUGGCAGAAGAUGCUCGAUGAUGAAGCUGCCAAAUACUAUGGCAACACACCUGAGCUUGAAGGGUUCCAGGCUCUGCAAGAUUGGCUCGUUGCUACCGCCAACGACCAGAUUGCCUGCAUAGAUGAUAACGAAGAAGAGGGCAAAUUUGCAUAUCUUGCAAGUUUCAAACAAAAGUUCGAGCCCCUCGUGUCUGCUCAAUAUCUUGAGCGAGCUGACAAUGAGAUCUCGAAUCUGAGGGAUGGCUACGUGGAUUUAAGCACGCAUUGUAUCGCCAAAUUCGCACAACUUAUUUUCGCAGUGGACUUCAAGGCCGUUAUGCCUGAUUUCUUCACACCAAAAUGGUAUCAAUCUACUGCCAUCAAACAGAUGAUCGUCACGUUCGAGGAAUACAUUGGCGACUACAAGACCGUUCUUCAUCACUCUCUGCUCGAUAUCUUCAUCGAAGAACUUGCGGACGAGUUAUUGAUACGGUACCUAUCGAGCGUCAAGAACAAAGGUGCAAAGUUCAAGCGUCAAGAUCCAUUCAAGGAUAAGAUCUACAACGAUGUCCUUACAGCCUUCGAGCUUUUCAACAACAAUACUUAUCUCAGCCCAGAUGUUGCUGAAACCAUCAAGCAAAAAUGGAGAGUCACAGAGAAUUUCUUAACACUCCUAGAGGUCGACAAGCAAUCUGUUCCAGACGCUUUUGCAGAUUUCAAGGCCAAUUACUGGGAUUUGCAACUCAGCUGGGUGGAAGCUGUACUAAGAUCCAGAGAUGACUUUGAUAGGAGCAUGCUGAAUGCUGUGAAAGCUAGAGCUGCGCAGAUUGAUGUUCAGAGAGGUCUAGAGACAAUUAUGAGUAAGGUCAAAUAAGUUAGGCUUGAGCAUGGUUUUGGUCCUUGAUUGUGAUAUAGGAGCGAGGAGUUUACAGGCAUACUUUCGGCGUUGGAGGAUUCUGGAAGGAUAUGGUUUGAAUUGCAUCAUAGCACCCUUCAUAAGAGAUAUCAAAAAUGUAAAAGAUACAAGAUUAACG